AACUCGCUUGUAUGGCUUGAGUAGUUUGAAGUAAAAAAGACGAACAGUUUGGGAUUUCCAUCGAACAAUGUACAUUUCCUCUCUGCCUAAACUUGAGCAAGGCAGGGGUCCCUGGGCUACCGAGUACUUGCAGCCUCAAUCCUCCCGGCCGACUUACAUAAGAACACCGGGUAUCCCAAAACACCACUUCUAAGACAAUUUGAACGUUGUAGGCACAGAUAGACACUUAAUAAAUGAUAGGGUCUCGCAAGUCAAUAUUAAUUUCAUGUACCUACCUCUUCAAAUUAAUGAUACUCGAAAAAGCAGCGGCACAUGUUACCCAGAUUGUUGGAAAGCAAAGAGCACCAUGAAAGACGGCACUUAUGUCAUAUAUUUGCCAGCCCUUGUCACUAAGCAGCGCCUAUUGUUGUACUUUUCCUGUAUUCUUAGUUCGAGCUCAUGCUAUGCGUCACUGUCCUUUGUCGUCAGACACGAUGGCAUGUUUGUUCAUGUGAAAGACAUCCCAAGGAAUAAAGUCCAGAGACGCCCACUAAAUUAGAGUCUCCGAUGGAAAGGUAUGAUACACCUAGUUUCAAAUACCAAUGACCAUGAGGUUUAGAGAACAAGUAUUAACAUUCUUCGCAUUCGCUACCGUUGCUGCGGGUUGGAGGAAUACGGUAGCUUUCGAGUUCGCUAGGCCGGGAUGCGACGGGUCGAUUUCAAAAGCCUGGAUUGGCACAAAUCACCAGCAGAUUAAACUCAAAAAUACCACGCAGAGCGUGUACAUAACGACCGUCAACGACGGGAUUUGGCGCUGGUACGGGUUCCCGGCGAGCACGGAAGAUGGCACUUCGUGCUAUGGCGACCCGGUCGGACGCCUGCAUUGGCCGUGCUUCGACGUGAACGGUUACGUGUCCGAAGGCAAACCAAAAGUCGAAUGCAUCCGGCUCUGCAGCAUGUGGGCGGGCAAGGAACACAGCUACUCGUGCGCUGCGAUUGGGAUUACCGAGUAGGUGGCUACCAGCCUUCUAGUAAGGGCAUCGCACGUGAGGGAGACACGUAGAUACUACAAUAAGAACAGCUCAAUAGGAAGGAUUAGAAGAAGGGAGUGAUAUGCACUGAUAGACGAAGAUUUCAAUAUGGGACGAGCAUGGCCCUUGUCACUCUAAAUUGCGUGCGCUACAAAGGUAUAAUAAAUAUACAUUAUGGUAGAGAGGCAUGUCACACAGCCCAACCAUGGCCUUCAGCUUCAGAUCGUUAUCGUUAAAUGUUCAAAAUUGCC